GAACACGGCACCAACAUACCCACACACACAACUGUGUACCCUGAAGGCAGACAUGGAGUCCAGGAACUUGAUGCUGCUGAGCUGGCUGGCUGUGCUUGUAGUGGCUGAGGAACCACCUUCAUUUUGCAAAUUAGACUGUCCUAAGUACCAGUUGGUGGAGCAAUAUGAUAAGUUUGAACAUCGCAUUUAUGAAGAAUCUCGCUGGGUAACCACCUCACUGAAUGCGGAUCACUAUAUGUUCGGAAUAAUGAACAGUUUUAGGCACCUGUUUAAAUAUAUCUCAGGAGAAAACUCUGAAGGACUAAAGAUUAACAUGACUGUGCCUGUGCUGACUGUUGUUCCAUUAAUAAAACCACCAACUGUUAAUGCUACAAUGUCCUUCUUUGUGCCACACGCACUGGAGAAUCCCCCCACACCAUCAGACCCUGCAGUAUAUCUUAAGAACUCCCCUCCAAUGUCUGUAUAUGUCAAAACUUUCGGAGGCUAUGCCUUUGACUACACAUAUUCCAAGAAAGCUAAAGCCCUAGCAGAAGAACUGAGGACUCUCGGGCUCCAGUUUGAUGAUUCAUUCGUUCUACGUGCUGGCUAUGAUGCGCCUUUUAAACUAUUCGACCGUCACAAUGAAGUGUGGUUCUUGGCCAAGUAAACAAAUAAAUCCUCAUUUGAGUAAUCCCCCCUCAAAUCUCUGUAUCAUUGUCUUGUGUGUUGCGUGUGAUGAUUUUCCUAACUAAUUCUCUCACCGUCUAAACUUUUGUAAUGUACAUCUUUUUUGUAACCAAUUAAUUUUUUAACCACAUUCAAAUAAAGUAGAAGUCUAUUAAAGAA